GUCUGCUCUUCCUUUCUGCGAGACUGUUCGUCAUGGCUCCGAUGAAAAAGCAGAGCGUCAAGGGUGGCAAGAAGAAAAAGCAGGUCCUUAAAUUCACCCUGGACUGCACUCACCCUGUGGAAGAUGGCAUCAUGGAUGCUGCCAAUUUUGAGCAGUUCCUCCAGGAACGCAUCAAGGUGAAUGGCAAGGCCGGGAACCUGGGCGGCGGCGCGGUGACCAUCGAGAGAAGCAAGAGCAAGAUCACAGUGACUUCCGAGGUGCCCUUCUCCAAGAGGUACCUGAAAUACCUGACGAAGAAGUAUCUGAAGAAGAACAACCUGAGAGACUGGUUGCGCGUGGUGGCCAACACCAAGGAGAGCUAUGAACUGCGCUACUUCCAGAUCAACCAGGAUGAGGAGGAGGAGGAGGAUGAAGACUAAACUGUGUCUGCCUCCGUUUUGUACAUUCAAUAAAAUCUGACCAUACAUAACUAAUCAGA